GUCGAACUCAUCCCACUUGCUCUGUACGCCCAAGAACUCUCUCUCUCUGCUUGCAACUUUCUCUCUCUAAGAUUCUUGAGGGAGAGGAUUUCUUUUGGAAAAAUUAUGGACAUUUUUAAUAGGUGUUCAUCUGGGAGUUCUUCUUCCUCGGAUACAUCGUCGGAGUCGUCUUCGUUGUCGGGGAGCAAGAAUGUGAACAAGUCGGAGAGGAUAAAGGGUCCGUGGAGUGCGGAGGAGGAUAAGAUCCUGACCCGGUUAGUGGAGCGAUACGGGGCCCGGAACUGGUCCUUGAUAAGCAAAUACAUAAAGGGUCGGUCGGGGAAAUCUUGCCGGUUGAGGUGGUGCAACCAGCUCAGCCCGAAUGUGGAGCACCGCCCCUUCUCCGCGGCGGAGGACGAGACGAUCUUGGCGGCGCAUGAGAAGUACGGAAACCGGUGGGCCACCAUUGCGCGGCUGCUGCCCGGCCGCACUGACAAUGCCGUCAAGAACCACUGGAAUUCCACUCUGAAGAGGAGGUAUCAGCAGAAGCAGAGAAUCGGAGAAGAACCCAAAGACAUGGGAGGAGAGAACAUGGCCUCCGGGUCUAGCGUGUCCCCGGCGAGUAGCAAUAAUUUCGACGAUUAUGAUCCAAUGACGACGUUGUCUCUGGCGCCGCCGGGGAUGGGCGGUGCUGUGAUACCGGAAAGGAGGACGGAGACGAUGCCAGCGGGGUUCUGGGAUGUGAUGAGGAAUGUGAUAGCGAGGGAGGUGAGGGAGUACGUUACGACGUCGUUCCCGGAGGCUUCCUCGGGGUUUCGUUUAUGAUAAAUCACAAAUGUUGUUUGUUGCGUAGUAGUUAAUUAAUCCCUUAAACCGGUGAUUAAUUUGUUAAGCUUGAUGUUAAUAUUAAUAAUUAUUUUUAAUCAGAAAUUCAAUCAUUUCUCUCAAUUAAUAAUCAGU